CUGGUACUGCUUGCCUCACGUGGUCAAACAAGCGGAACAGAGACAGAGGGUGAUUCGGAUUUGAGUCCUCUCUUACCAGUCGUCAAGACCAAUGGCAGGCUCUCUGACAGAGUUGAUCACAGCAUGUUCCAACGUCACACUGUCGGUCUCUGCUCUGUACACAGCAUAUCAGCUCUUCAAGGACCACAGAGCUCCAGCGGUGGGUUUCUUCCUGCUUGGUCUCUCCUCAGGCCUCUGCACUCUGCCUUUCUCCAUCAGCCCAUACCUGACCUCUAUACAGGGGGACCUGGAGUGGGCCGGCGAGGUCCUGGCUCCACCGCUGGUCUCCUUCGGCUUCCUGUGGCUCAGCGAAGACCGCACCACAGCCAACAUCCUCCUUAUUGGCUCAGCUCUCCUCCCGGUGCUCUGCGAUUGGCUGUCAGCGGAUGAGUUGAUGCUGAUGUCACGCUGCCUGGCGUUGUCAGCCCUCUCCUGCUCGCUCACCGUGUGUCUGUUUGCGGGAAACGCUGUCGGGGCCCUGGGUUGUGUGGCCCUCAGCCUGCCCCAAAUGGUGGCCCCCAGGGUGGGGGUCAAGACUCUGGCUCCCCUUGUCUCUCCAGGGGCGACUGUGGGACUGCUUAAGUGGCUCCUGAAGGGCUCCAUGGCUGUAGGGUGCUGGGCCUCUGAGAAGGCGCUUAGCAAGUACCUGUUGGAACUGAAGGAAUUGGACUCACCAUUUUAACUUGUUACAUUUAAGUCAUUUAGCAGACGCUCUUAUCCAGAGCGACUUACAUUUAGUGCAUACAUUUUCAUACUGGCC